CGGAGGGCCACUGUACAAGUUGUAAACUCUGUCAGCUCCAUCUUCCCCUCUGCUAUCCGGUUUCCGAAUGGCAGCAGAAAUCCCUUUCCCCUUUGUUAUUGAUUUUUGUGAUCCGUGGCAAAGCAGAUUUCACACUCCGCAAGUCAGUGCCUGUAAACGUGGAAGCGCUUCUCUGCAGAAGAGCACAGGCGAGGUGGAUGUCGCAAGCGGAACGAGAACGCCGGUCGCACUGCGAGGUUUGUCCGCGCCGAGAGCCCGUACGGCAGUGCGGACGUGUGACUGCGGCGGGGCCCGGAGAACCGACCGACAAUGGCCGCAGACUGGGCUGAGAUCCGCCGGCUGGCGGCCGACUUCCAGCGAGCGCAGUUCGCCAGCACCGCGCAGAGGUUAUCGGAACGAAACUGUGUUGAAAUUGUUGCUAAGCUGAUAGCAGACAAACAGUUGGAUGUGAUACACACGUUGGAUGGUAAGGAGUAUAUCACUCCAGCUCAAGUUGCUAAAGAGAUGCAGGAUGAGCUGUACAUUCAUGGAGGCAGGAUAAAUAUUGUGGAUCUUCAACAUAUUCUCAAUGUGGAUCUAACACACAUUGAAAGCAAAGCAAGUGACAUUGUUAGAUCAAACCGAAAUAUUCAGCUUGUGUUAGGCCAGCUGAUCGAUGAAGCCUACCUGGAUCGGAUGGCAGAAGAGGUAAACGAUCGUCUGCAGGAAGCUGGCCUUGUAACCAUAGCAGAACUCUGCAAGUUGUAUGAUCUUCCAAUUGACUUUCUCACAGAGGAAUUGUCACGUCGCCUCGGCAGAAUUAUAAAUGGACAGAUGGACACCUAUGAUCGAGGUGUCAUUUUCACAGAUGCGUUCAUUGCCCAACACAAGGCCCGGAUUCGUGGACUUUUCAGUGCGGUGACUAGGCCAACACCAAUAAGCUCUUUGAUAUCGCAAUACAAAUUUCAAGAACAUCUUCUUUAUUCUUUUCUUGAGGAGUUCAUUAGUAUCGGUCGUUUGAAUGGAGCAGUGAUUGGCGGCAGGCAGGAUAAGGCCGUCUACGUCCCUGAUAUCUAUUCGAGAACUCAAAAUAACUGGGUCGACUCAUUUUAUAAGCAAAACGGCUAUUUGGAAUUCGAUACUCUGUCCAGGCUGGGAAUUCCAGAUCCAGUAAGUUAUAUAAAGAAGCGAUACAAAUCAGCAUCAAUGACCAUAUUGAAAGCGGUGUGUGUUGACCAGACUAUUGUGGACCAGGUAGAGGCUUCAGUAGAGGAGGCUAUCCGUUCUGGCACUUGGGUGGAUAUACAGCCCCUAUUGCCUAGUUUGUUUUCUGUGGAAGAUGCCUCCAUUUUACUCCAGCAGUUAAUGAGGACAGUGAACAAGCAUUCUGCUUCCAGGAUCUUUGCUGAUACCAUUGUGGUCAGUGAACAAUUUAUCAGUAGCUGUGUGGCACUAUUUGAGCAGAGGAUGCAGCACAAGGCUGAAAAGGAGUUGCAGAACAAUCAUGCACAUGUGUUAACAGAGGAGGACCUGAAGCAAGCUGCCAUUAUUGCAGAAAGUAUGAUCUCAGUUAAAAAGGACAAGCGAGAGGACAGGAAGAAGAAAGCAUUAGAUGGCAGUGGAAGUACCCGAGCAGGAGGCGGUGGCAACGCAAGAGAAAUCAGGACCAGAAAGAGCAAGAAGAGAGGAAAGAAAGAUGAAGAUAGCGAUGAAGAGACCCAAAGCACAGGUAAACACAAGCCAAAGGAAGUACUUUUCCUGCCAAAAGAAGAAAUUGAAAGCAUUUUAAAGAGUUAUAACGAGGAAUGUCCUGAGGAAAUGAUUAGUGAACUCGCCAAACACUUGAUCAGACCUUUAAAUAAAAGUUAUCAGGAAGUGUUACAUACGGUGUUCACAUCCACUGCCUCCUCUACCUCAGGGGCAAGUCGGAAAAAGACGGUGAAAGAACUACAGGAGGAGGUCUCACAGUUCCACAACAAUAUAAAGUUGUUUGAGAAGGGAGCCAAGCUCUUUACUGAUGACACACAAGUUCAAUUAGAAAAGCACUUGUUGAAGACCAUUUCCACUGAUAUUUGCAAUCUCCUUUACAAUUUCGUGGCUGGGGAUCUCAUGAUGGCAGUGGAAAACUACACGUCAAUAACCUCAGAGCUCAGAUUGAAAAUUCUGGCAAAACUACCCGAGGAAACCAGAGGUCCUCUUUUGAAGCUUCAUAAUUCACUGAAUGGCAAAAGCAUUGAGGAAUUUCAAUCUGUUUUGGAUGGCGCGACAGAUGUUUGUGGAAUUAUGCUGAAAAAGGUGGACAAAAAGAAAGAAAGGCAGGUCCUGUUUCAGCACCGGCAGGCAUUGCUUGAACAAGUCAAAGGCACCGAGGACCCAGCGCUGGUUCUGCACCUGACCUCCGUUCUGUUGUUCCAGCUCUCAACACACCACAUGCUUCAUGCACCUGGCAGAUGUGUACCACAGGUCAUCAGCUUCCUCAGCAGCAAGAUUUCUGAGGAUCAAUACAAACUCCUAGUGAAGUAUCAAGGUCUAGUAGUGAAACAACUUGUAGGUCAACACCGAAAAAGCAAAGAGGACGAGGACUCUGGAGAACGCAGCAACCUUGAGAAAGAUGCAGAAAGUGAUGUAGAGGCAGUUCGAAAGGAGCUGCAAGAAUUAACUCCAUUUGUCAAAGAUCUCGUGCUGAAAGCCAGAAAAACUUCGGUGACAGAAGAGUGAAAUGAGAUCUUGUGGAAUGACUGAAUUUACCAAUCAGUAUGUACAUUAGAGAGUUAUAAAUGCCAUUUAAUAUUGAACAGAAUAAACUGCCAUAGAUCAUCUUGAUUAAAUUCAUAACAAUCCUUUUAAUAAAAUGUUGUACCUACAAGUCCUAUGUAUUUUGGAUUGUAACAUGAACAUUUAAUAGCUGGAUGUAACAGUGAUAUUUUUCUUAAUUGUCUAAUACAAUUCAGAUACAGAGAAAAAAUUUUACCAUUCUGCUCAGAUGAACUCUCGUUAAUCUGUUCAUUCUACCAUAUUUAUUUGAAUAUUCUUGACUUACAAAAUAGAAAAAUAAAUCUGCAGAUUGAUAAUGCUGCCAAAUCUCACUGCGCCAUUCUACCAGAAUCUUCACAGAAAUGGGCUACUGUUUUAGUCCCACAAAAAGAAGCUUUGUUGCAAAGGAGUAAACAGUCGAUAUUUCAGGCUGAGACCUUUCAUCAAGUCUCAGCCCGAAAUGCUGAAUGUUCAUUCAUUUCCAUAGAUGUUGCCUGACCUGCUGAGUUCCUCCAGUGUUUUGUGUGUGUUGCUCUGGUUGUCCAGCAUCUGCAGAACCUCUUGUGUCUCUGAUGCUUCAGAAUUUUUCAACAUAUCAUUCUACUGGUAGCCUGGUAAGACACAGUACUAGCAAGUGUUGUCCAAAUGGUGUAAAGCUGAAAUAAAUUGUUAGAGGCUAUUGUAGACAGGAAAAAAGAUGUACAAAAACAAGAGGGUUGUGAAUACUGGAACUCUGAAACAGAAAAAUGUCAUAGUUGGAAGAAAUAUUGAAGUACUGAAGAACUACCCAGUUCUGAUGAGAGGUCAGUAUAAAACAUGAGGUGCUUCUCUGCAAUGCCAACUGCCUCAGCUGUUGAGGACUUCCAGUACGUUUCUGUUCUUAUUUAGGAAAAAACAAAGAUAGUUAAAAAAAAAUAUUGGUGUCACCUUGCACCACAAUGUCUUAAAUAGCAAACAAAAUUCAAAGCUUGAUAAUCUGGAAUAAAAAUACUUGAUUAAAAACUCAUUGAUUUUAAACAUUAA